CAGAGCGGCCCCCUCGCCUCGCCUUCCACCCGGACUUCCGGCUCAGCCCCGACCACCGGACCACGUGCGCUUCUCCCUCCGCGGGAGCUCCGGCCGGGCAGCGCCGGGCGCCGGGAUCAGAGGGCUGCAUGGCUGAGCCGGGCCCCCCGAGUGAGCCGGAGCGGGCCCUUCGACGACGCCUGCCCCGCCGCCUUCCCCGUCGCCGCAGCGACAUCUACGUGAACAUGAAGACGGACUUCCGGGCGCAGCUGAGCCGCUGCCAGAAGCUGCUGGCGCCCGGCGGGGGCUGCGCCGAGCUCUGCAUCCACGGGCUGGGCCUGGCCAUCAACCGCGCCAUCAACAUCGCCCUGCAGCUGGAGGCCACGGGCGGCGGCGCCCUCCGCCUGGCCGCCAACACCUCCACCGUCCAGCUGACCGACACCGCCGAGCCCGAGGGCGACCAGGAGGAGCCGCUGGCCCGCGCCCGGCACAACUCCGCCAUCCACAUCCGCGUCCUGCGGGCAGCCCCCGAGUAGCCAGCGGGGAGGAGAGGGAGGGUCCCCGACAGACUUGAGGGGAGGGGGCUCUUGGUGUCUGGUGUCUUUGUGUUCCCCCCACCCUGGAAUAAAACCCCUGUGUACCGAUA